AUGACAGCUGGAUAACCUCAAUCCUUUUCCAUCAAAAAGUUUGUUCGCAUUACACGUGUUGUUGCGAUGGCUCCAACAGAAACAGUGAAAAAGGGUGUUAAAAAGGCCCCAAAGAAGUUCGCCAAGGCCAAGAACUAUGACUUGGGAUGUGGAAUAAUGCGAUAUUCGCAUUCGCAGAACUUCAAACGUAAGGCAUUGUUCCGUUUCAAGGGACCAAAAACUCCCAAGACCCCGAAGCCGAAAGUCGCCAUUACGGUGACUAAGAAAAUCGGUGGGGCCAACAACGGGGGUGAGCGUGUGGUGAAGCUGCAGAAACCCAAGGCAUACUACCCAACCAAGCCGCGUGUGCAGAAGCGCCCUGCCCGUCAGUUGUUCCGCAAUCAUGUCCGGAAGACACGCAAUACCAUGGUUCCCGGACGUGUGCUCAUUCUCCUCGCUGGACGGCACCAGGCGAAACGUGUUGUUCUCCUGAAGGUUCUCCCAUCGGGGCUGCUUCUCGUCAAUGGCCCAUACUUCCUCAAUGGAUGCCCAAUGCGCAGGAUUUCGCAGAGGUAUGUGAUUGCAACGAAGACCGUGGUCAACUUGGGCAAAUUCAAGCUCCCUGCCCACAUUGAUGACAAGUACUUCAAGCGGGCAGCCAAGAAGAAGACCCGCCGUGCCGAGGGUGACAUCUUUGCGCAGAAGAAGGAGCAGUACGUCCCAUCGGAGCAGCGAAAGGAGGACCAGAAGGUCGUUGAUGGAGCUAUUAAGGAUGCCCUGCGAAAGAGGACUGACCGUAAGGUUAUCUCGCAGUACCUCAAGGCCCUCUUCCGUCUCCACUCGUCGCAGUACCCACACAGGAUGAAGUUCUAAGAAAAAGAUCCAUUGUAUUUCCAGGAUGUGUGAGGAAAUAAACAGGCUGAAGAGAUGA